CGCAUAACCUCGACAGAACAGCUGUUCGAAGUCUAAUGAGUAGUCCUACACACGACACACUAUUAUUGGAGCCAUAUAGGUAUAUCUCGUAGGUGUUCAUAGGACUGCAGCGUUACUCAUGGCGUUACGCUCUGCUCAGUGGCUACAAGCUGUACAUGCUCUACUUUCUUUUCGAAAGCUACUUGUUAUACUUUGGUCUAGGUAUUUUUAGAUAACUUUGUGAUGAAUGGGUUUAAUAUUACGUUAAUCAUGCGCCGUCAUCUUUAAGAAGUUUCAAUCUCGGUUUCAGUGAUAAAGAUGUAAUCUUUUUUGUACUCUUGCUAGCGUCGUCUUUCGAUUGACAGGUGAUAUGAAAUAAAUAUGGCGGCAUCCACGGGCAAGUCAGUGGAUGACCGAAUUUCCUGCAAAGUAUUAAUUAUUGGGGCUGGAAUGGCGGGUCUUUCGGCAGCUAAUCAUCUAUUGAAAAAUGGGCUAACGGAUUUUCUAAUCGUUGAGGGGCGAGGUCGCAUCGGCGGGCGAAUUGUUGCGGCGCAAAUGGGCAAUGAAAAAGUAGAAUUAGGAGCUAAUUGGAUCCAUGGAGUAUUAGGAAAUCCCAUAUUUGAAUUGGCCAUGGCUAAUGGACUGAUAGAUAUAAUUAGCGUUCCAAAACCUCAUAAGGUGGUAGCAGCAAUGGAAGAUGGCAAACAGAUACCAUUUCCUAUUUUACAAGAAAUCUAUGAAGCUUACGUGUGUUUUCUGAGACGAUGCGAAGAAUACUUCCUCAGUGCGUAUAGUCCACCUGAGGGAAUAAAUAGUGUGGGUGCACAUGUAGCUCUUGAAGCUAAUCUCUAUCUAUCAUCACUUUCACCUGACAAAAGAAGAGCUAGGGAAUUGCUCUUUGAUUGUUUACUUAAGCGGGAAACUUGUAUUACUGGUUGUGACAGUAUGGAGGAGGUAGAUCUUCUUGAAAUGGGCUCGUAUGCUGAACUCCAAGGUGGAAAUAUUAGUCUUCCUGAUGGAUAUAGUGCCAUUCUUGAACCCAUUGCAAAGCACAUACCAAAAGAUCGUAUUCUUACAAGGCAUGCUGUUACUAAGAUCAGAUGGGAUAAUUUUGAUCUUGGUGGAAAUGAAUCGGACGAUUCUAAUCAUACAGUUAUCUGUUCAAAUGGAAAUGAGGAUCUAAUGGAGGUGUACUGCGAAAAUGGGAAGAAAAUAACAGCAGAACAGAUCAUAUGCACGCUACCACUAGGAGUUCUCAAAGAGAGAGCACGAGAGAUAUUCGAGCCUUCAUUGCCAGCCUACAAGUUGGAAGCCAUAGAUAGGUUGAUGUUUGGGACUGUAGAUAAAAUAUUCCUCGAGUACGAGAGGCCUUUUCUAAAUCCGGGAGUGUCAGAAGUGAUGCUUCUUUGGGACGACAGAAGUAUCACAGAGGAAGAGAAGCGAGAUCUCAGUAAAACUUGGUUUCGAAAGAUUUAUUCCUUCACCAAAGUUACGGAAACGCUUCUUCUCGGUUGGAUAUCGGGCAAAGCGGCAGAGUACAUGGAACAACUAUCUACGAACGAUGUAGCCGAAGUAUGUACUACGAUAUUAAGACGUUUUCUGAACGAUCCGUUCAUUCCAGUCCCAAAGGGAUGUUUACGCACAUCUUGGCAUUCUCAGCAGUUUACACGAGGUUCCUACACCGCCAUGGCUGUCGGCGCAAGUCAAAUAGAUAUUGAAACCAUUGCCGAACCCUUAGUUAAGCAAGAUGAUUCCUCCCAGGUAAAGAUAGCAUUUGCGGGCGAGCACACGCACUCCUCGUUUUACAGCACCGUUCACGGUGCUUACCUCACAGGCAGAACGGCUGCUCAGCUGCUUCUUGACUCUAAGAAAAAUGAAAAACAAUCACUCAGUCUAAGCUGCGAGGAUACGAGCGAUCUCAGCUCGUGGAUUCAGGGAAUAUCCCUAGGGUAAAAAUUCGAUAGAACUCUUGGAUACUUCUUACCGUUGUCAACUACGUUGAUUGUGUUGACAGCCGAUAUUUCGCGGAGACGAAAAGCGGUUGGGUCAAUGGGUCCCUUUUUGAAAUCGAAUCACGCGUAUGCAUACUUUUACACUCAGUUUUAUCGGUUUACGGCAUUGUGAAGCUGUGUUGUCGACGAACGUCUUGAUUUUGUAAAUAUAUCAGAUUGCUGCCUGCGCCAUGUACAUAACGAUGCCUAAUUAGAAGUACCAAUGUAUUUUAUAAUAGAAUAUUAAUUUAUUAGUUUUUGGUCUGGUACCAAAGUAAAUCGAGUAAGCAAAAUUUUUGAGAUCAUAGUCAUUCGCCCAUUAAGUUUUGUUUGUGAUAAAAAAACAAAAAAAAAUACAAUGAAACUGUUGCGCAUAAUUAAUUUAAGAGACAUUUACCAUGCUCUCUUUAAACAAGGCUAUGAGACUUUCGUAUAGAUAGAAUGCAGAUUUUACGAAGUACACAUUAGGAGCAUUUACUUUUGCACAAUUAUUCGCGAUACAUUUAAUGCUGUUUAUCAAUAUUACACGAUAGGUGAGAGUUAUCUAGUCGCGCAACUAUGUCACUUCACACAUUUUAAUUUAAUCAGCUUCUACAUUCGUCUUUUUAAGCCAGUAUUUGUAUCAUAUUUCUGUAGCCACAGGUUGAAGAAGAUAUUUCAAACUAAAAUAUUUAGGCAAUAACGCCAUCUGAAUAAAGCAGUCAUGCGUAUUUGAACUUGAAAUAGUAAAGCGAGCAAUAUCUCCGAAUUAAACUGUGAUAAAUAUAUCAGCCAUGUAUUCAAUCAAAGUACUUUAAUCGCUUAACGCAAUUUAGCGUGGACCUAGCGCACCUGUGGUUCACAGCUUCAUAAAUUUAAACGCAUCUCGUGAUGUUCGUUUGCAGCUACACGUAUAGCAAUCAGGAAAUAAAUAGUUACACCACAAAGCUAACAAGACAGUCAUGAAACCAAAUCCAUCUGUUUUUUUGCUAUCUGGGCUGAAAUGCCACACUAGGUAUUCAAUAUCUUUUAAGAUAAAGGUUCACUACUCAUCAGUAUAGUGUUUUGUUUGACCUCACGUUUAAUUGAUCACAAUUUUAUUAUACAUAGUAGCCUUGUACAGAUGGUGUAUAACUUAUUUAUACACGUGUAUGUUAUACAAUAUUUAAUAUGAAUGUAAUGUGAAUAAAAUACCGUAAUACCUCCGAUAA